UCGAUGGCCCCAGCGCGGCCGGAUUCUCGGCUUCCCGGCAGGAAUGUGCCGGGGGAGUCCAGUCCCCCGCCCGCCGGGGCCGCUUCCUCUUUCGGCGCUAUUUAAGCGGCGCCCGGCGCGUCCCACCCGGGAGGGCCAUGGAGCGCAUGGAGGUGACCGAGACCUUCGCGGGCAUCGCCCUGCCCGGCCACCUCCACACCCAGGAGUCCCUCCGCUUCGCCGCAGCCUUCGCCUUCCGCCCCACCGACGUGCUCAUCGCCACCUACCCCAAAUCGGGCACCACUUGGAUGCAGGAGAUCCUGACGCUGAUGUUCAGCCUUGGGGACGCCCGCCCAGCCAAGACCAUUCCCAACUGGGAGCGGGCUCCCUGGCUGGAGCAGAUCUACUGCCGGGAGGCUCUGCGGGACACAGAGACCCCCCGGUUGCUCACCACCCACAUGCCCGCCCAUGUCCUGGCCCCUGCCCUGCAGCGCAGCAAGGCCAAGGUGAUCUAUGUGGCCAGGAACCCCAAGGAUGUUGCCGUCUCCUUCUACCACUUCCACCACCUGGCCAAGUUCCUGCCUGACCCUGGCUCCUUUGAUGCCUUCCUCACGCAGUUUCUUGAAGGCACAGGGCUGGCUGGGCCAGCGGCACCUCCUGGACAUCCUCUAUGUCACCUACGAGGAGCUGCACCAGGACCUGUGUGGCACAGCGCAGCGCCUCAGCACCUUCCUGGGGUGCCCGCUGGCCCCAGGAACGCUGACAGCCCUGGAGCAGCACUGCAGCUUUGCCGCCAUGCGGGACAACGCCAUGGCCAACUACUCCCUCAUCCCCCCCGAGAUCAUGGACCACAGCCAGGGCCGCUUCAUGCGCAAAGGUGUGGUCGGGGACUGGCGCGACCACUUCUCCCCCCAGCAAAAUGCCCUCUUUAACCAGCGCUACCAGGAGGAGAUGGGGGACGUGGAGCUGCCCACGCAGUGGCCCAUGGCCUGAGGGACCUGGGGGGACACUCACCCCAACCUGCUGAGAAUCAUUGCAGAAGGAGCACUCUGCAUAGGCACCCCUUGGCACCCCAUAACACACCCCCAAAUGCCACCUGGGGCAAGGGAUUCCCACGGGGCUGGGGGACAUGGCACUGUGCCACCUCCCUGGGGAUGGGGGACUUUUCCAGCUGUGCACUGUGGCUGUCCCUGUGGCCUCACUCCCCCCAGGCAGGGGCACAUGGCCGUGACCCCUCUUUCCGCCCAUCCUGCCCUGUGGAAAUAAAUAUUUAUUGUCGUUCCCAGGCA